AUGGCCUCCAUUUCGGACAGCCCCGCCUGGAAGGCGCUUCAAGAGCAUGUGGCGGACGUCGAGCAGACGCACUUGAAGGACCUGCUGCGUGACCAGCAGCGGUGCGAGGCCCUGAUCAAGGAGGAGGGCGGCCUCUACAUCGACUUCUCGCGUCAGAGGAUGACUCAGGAGACGGUCAAGCUGCUGUUGGACCUGGCAGAGGCGUCCGACCUCAAGGCCAAGACGCAGGCCAUGUUCAGCGGCGAGCACAUCAACAGCACAGAGGACCGCGCCGUGCUGCACGUCGCCACGCGCGCGCGCCGCGAUCAGGUCAUUGUGUGUGACGGCAAGAACGUGGUGCCGGAUGUCUGGGAGGUGCUCGACAAGAUCAAGGGCUUUGCUGACAAGGUCCGCGGCGGCGAGUGGCUGGGGUCCACGGGCAAGCCCAUCAAGAAGGUUGUGGCUGUCGGCAUCGGCGGCAGCUUCCUCGGGCCCCUCUUCGUGCACACCGCCCUCAGGACGGAGCCGCGCGCCAUGAGCUUCAGCAAGGGCCGGGAGCUGCGUUUCCUGGCCAACGUGGACCCUAUUGAUGUGGCGCGCGCACUGCAGGGCCUGGACCCGGAGGAGACCAUGGUGGUGAUCAUCUCAAAGACCUUUACCACCGCGGAGACCAUGCUCAACGCGCGCACCUGCAGGGCGUGGCUCACCGCGCAGCUGGGCAAGGAGGCGGUCGCCAAGCACAUGGUGGCGGUGUCCACAAACCUGAAGCUGGUGAAGGAGUUUGGCAUCGACCCAGAGAACGCCUUUGGCUUCUGGGACUGGGUGGGCGGCCGCUACAGCGUGUGCAGCGCGGUGGGUAUGCUGCCCCUGACGCUGCAGUACGGCUGGGACAUCAUGGGCCAAUUCCUCAACGGCGCCAACGCCAUGGACGACCACUUCCUGAACGCCCCCCUUGAGUCCAACCUGCCCGUCAUGAUGGGCCUCACCUCAGUGUGGAACAUCUCGUUCCUAGGAUACCCCGCGCGCGCCAUCCUGCCUUACUGCCAGGCGCUGUCCAAGCUGGCGCCCCACAUCCAGCAGGUGUCAAUGGAGUCAAACGGCAAGGGCGUGGACAUAGACGGCAAGCCCCUACCCUUCGAGGCCGGGGAGAUUGACUUUGGUGAGCCGGGCACCAACGGGCAGCACUCCUUCUACCAGCUGAUCCACCAGGGCCGCAUCAUUCCCUGCGACUUCAUCGGCAUCGUGCGCAGCCAGCAGUCGGUGUACCUCAAGAACGAGAUCGUUUCGAACCACGACGAGCUGAUGUGCAACUUCUUCGCCCAGGCCGACGCCCUGGCCUACGGCAAGAGCGGCACAGAGCUGCGCAGCCAGAACGUCCCGGACUUCCUCGUGCCACACAGGGUGUUCACCGGCAACCGCCCCAGCCUGAGCCUCCUGCUGCCCGAGCUCAACGCGUACACGGUGGGCCAGCUCCUGUCGCUGUACGAGCACCAGGUGGCGGUCCAGGGCUUUGUGUGGAACAUCAACAGCUUUGACCAGUGGGGGGUGGAGCUCGGCAAGGUGCUGGCGUCCAAGGUGCGCACCAAGAUCAACGAGGCGCGCAACAACAACCGCUUCAUUGCCGGCAGUGACGGCUUCAACUACUCCACCACGCGCAUGAUCAACAAGUACCUCGCGGGGAAGGAGCAGCUGCUGUAUGCUGACCCCCGGGACGUGUUCCCGGUUGACCUCAUCGAUGCAGAGAAGGCCGCAGACAACGCGUGA